UUUUUUGUCAUAUAUUAAUUUAAACAUUAAUUAAUAUUUAAUGGGGAUUUUAAAAUAAAAAAAACAUUAAGAGCAGACACUCAUAUUUGUACACGUAGGACGUGACUGGGCUUAAGAGAUUAUAUUGAAGGCAGUAUCACCUUGAGCGUUUUUAAUACUGUUUUGUCACAAACUGGGUUUUGUGGGGAGGGAUAUGAAUGAACAGGUGCAGAUGCAGUCAGUUAGGCCAGAGCUGUACGUGAGUGCAUGUGUGACUGCUGCACUUACAGUUUAACGCAAGGACACAAGCCAGGCACAGCAAAUGAGUUCAAAGGUGUUUUGUGGAGCUCUGGCACACAGUACCAAGGUGUCAUCAGGUGUCGUCAGCUGACUGCAUCAAACUGCAUCAAACCAAGAGCCACGUGUCUUGCUCUUAUUGGCUGCAGUUUUCUCUGCAAUCAAGAGGUCUCAAUUUUAAGCCACAGCACCAGUCGCAAUAGAAAGCAAAGGUCAAAAAAAAAACAGCAGUUAGAUCGGCUUGCAUGCUUGUAAUGUACCAGCGAGUCCAAGCAUAUACUGUAGAACUGGGGGGAUGUGUUUCAUAAAAGGGUGCCUACUGAGCGAUACUGAUCUCAUGUUUUACAGGUGUAUGGGAUACAUUUUUAAUAAUGUAAAUAAAAUGACACCACAGCCCUGCUUAAAUGUGGUUUCACGGGACCAAACCUUUGAUCCUUUGUCAUCUGAAGUCACCUGAGGCUCUGACAUUAUUAAAAAUAAGCCCUUGAGUAAAACGAUACAUGUGUGCCUAGCAAGAAUGCAUUAAAACUAAUUGUCAGCAUUGAAAUUUAAAAGCCAGCGAUGCUUUUUCAGCAAGCAAAGCGUCUAAAUAAACACAUUCAGGAAUCUGUUUUGGUGACACUGGGUUCAGGUGCACGACUCCGUCAGAUGUGCUUUGAAAGGAAGGAGCAAACUAUACUGUUGACUAAGCAGGCUGUUAACUUUGCAGCUUGCUUCUCUCCUCACUUUUUCCUAACCUACUUGUCAGUAUGAUCAAAACACAGUCCAGUAGAUAAACACGUGGAGUUGCGGAGCAAACUGGUGCUGACUCUGUAAUUGUGUAAGGAAGCAUUAUGUUUCUCUUUCAAGGUACAUCAGAGGCAAGAAUGGAGAAAUGGCACAAAGGAGGACAGACACAACUCUGGUGCAAAACUCAUGAAUCUAAACCUGGAAAUUUCAACACACAUUCCUGUGGAUGGAAUCAAAGCUACACACGUUCUCUUAAUUACAGUACAGUUUGCAUCUGAAUGAACAGAGAUAGCAUCCUUUUAGAUUAUAAAUGCAAAGGCCCAUAUAUACAGUCAUGUGAAAAAAGAAAAUUUUCACAUGACUCCAUGUAGUCCUGUGAAAAACUAAGUACUCCAUUACUGUUUCUAAAGAAAUUAAGAGGGUAAGUAGCAGCCAGGAGCUGCUAGUCAAAGGUACUCAGUUAAUUGAUCAUCAGCAAGUGUGAGCACCUCUGAAAAAGCAUCAGUUUUGGCAGUUUGCUGCUCUGGAGCAUUCAACUGUGUGUUAACAUAAUGUCACACUCUUUGCAGAAGUUGAUGUCCUAGCAAAUUCACUCCAAAGUCAAAUGUUAUAUGUCAAAUAUUAUAUCUCAAACUCUAUAGGCUUCAGUUAACGUGUUAAAUGUUAAAGUUCAUAAAAGCACAAUUAGAAAAAGCCUGAACAAGUGUGGCUUGUUUGGAAGGAUCGCCAAGAAAAAGCCUUCCAUGUCUAAUAAGAGCAUGAAAGCAAGGCUCAGGUUUGCAACGUUGCACCUGAACAAACCACAGGACAUCUGGACCAAUGGCCUGUGGACAGAUGGGACCAAAAUGGAGAUGCUUGGCAACAAUGCACAACACCAUGUUUGGAGAAAACCAAACACAUUAUAUUAGCACAUAUCAGCACCUGCACCUUGCAGAGGCUGAGUCGACUUCUGUAUAUCAAAGUAUUCUAAAUCCUGCUGCAGGAUCUUAAGGGAGCUGUGCAUAAAUAAAGCCCACAAAUCUCAAUGAACAGAAGCAACACUGUAGAGAAGAGUGGACCCAAAUUCAUCCCUAAUGAUGUGACAGACUGACAAAGUCACACAAAAACCAUUAUUUCAAGUUAUUGUUGCUAAAAGCAGCUCUACAAAGACCCAAAGUUUUCCAAAGGACUCCUGUGAAACACUUUGGUUUUCAUAUAACUGUAUGUAUGUUAUUCAACAUGAGAAAGCAAAAGAGCAAAAAUGCAUGAAUAAAAAACGAUUUAUCUGGGUUUAUUCUCUAGUUUUGAAUUCACAUUCAUAUUUAUGCUUCCUUGUUUGGUGCACGCCAUUUUGAAAGGAUAAAAGAUACACCAUUACAGCUGCCAGCAUCUCAUUAGAAUAUGUGCUUCUCGUCUCUUUGUCCACUGAAAUCUCCCUCUCCAGUCUGUGCCACCACUAGGAGGCGCAAUAACUAGUUCCUCUGAAUAUUAGUGAGUAACUCGAUCAUAACUCAGUACCUGGGUGGGUUCGCCAGGCUUUAGCAGUUUUAAGAGACUCUUUUAACUUAAUAUAAAUUACCGAGAAUAUCUAAUUUUAUAACUUCCCGUUUUUCCCAUAUUAUUGUGCAUAUGAUUGCUCUGGAUCUUGUGUUUUUUCCUAAGAUCUGGAAUUCGCUUAAAAUGAGAUCUUCUCCCUUUUUUUAUGUCUUAUUACAAAAAUAAAGUGUUGGGACAUUUCAAAGUAAACAUAUAUUUAAAUUAGCUAAGCGGACAGACAUGUUGCUGUUCUUACAGUGUAAUUUUAAAACACCGCUCAAAAUGCUUAUAAGAACUAAAAUGCUCUGUCCUUUUUGCAGAGAAAGGCUAAGAUAUCUGGCAGUGCUUUCUAUAUAAAGUGGGGGGAAGAAAUGAGUAUUCAGCUUCAAUGGAGGCUGUUUUAUCUGCCUUACAGAAAAGAGUCCAUAGACUCCCAUAGACUGUGUGCGAUUUGUGGCUUGAAUUAACGAGCACGGCUCUCAUUCACUGGACUUCACAGAGAGUGAGAGAAAGGAAGGAGCUUCCGGCUCGUGAAGGCGAGAGAUGUCACGUGGCGUGUGCAUCAGCCAAUCAGGAGUAAGUGCGCAUUGCGAUCCUGUGCUGAAGGAUUGUUUUAUUGAGGGUUUGGUAGUGAUCAAUGGGCGAGUGGAGCUGUCCACGGAGCCGAAAGUUUCUGACUUUGAAGACUAAAAUUUUCUGUCUGUGAGCUCCAGUAAACAGCUCCACUUAGAUAAUUGCAGGAAAACACGUGCACUUUAAUACUUUACCACACACACUCGUGCAGUUCAAACUUUGCGCCCGUUUGGAGCUGUUUUUGUUGUUUCUGGAUCUACGCUUGAUGCUUAAUUUACAUAUUGCAUAGAAGGGCAACUUUACGUCUCCACUGCAGAUGAAGCAAAGAAAUCAUUGCGAGCAAUCAAACUGCGCAGCUCGCACUCAAAUCCCACCGCAAACACAACGACAAAACUCCAAUAGCGCCUAACGGGCCUGUGACUAAAUUUGCUGCUGCUGUUACGAAGGGAUGUGUGGAUGACUGGGUUUCGGUCUUUGGUUUAUGCCACAGCUGCUCAAUCUCGGGCUGUUGGUUGUAUUUCCUCGGGGCGAUAUAACUCUUGGACUCCAUUAAUAAGGCAGCCACCAGCGCUCACAUCAAUCUGUGGCUGCGGAGACACAGGGCCCUGCUCGCGAAGGCGUCACGCGCUCAACGGCCAAUGAGCUGAAUGAAAUCAGCACUUUGUUGUAAAUCACGGGUGACAGCGAGCUACUUGUGUUUCCUCUCAAGUCAAGAAAUUGGAAAUCAGUCCGGGUUUUAUUAAUAGGAGGUGCUGAUGUGUUGUUGGGAGCAAAAGCUAAAAUGCACCUGUGGGAGUGGCGGUGUCUCAGCAAAGCAGAGCUGCACUGAUGAAGUGACGUUUCACAAAUCAAUAGAAAUAAUGACAAAUAAAAAACACACACACCUUGAGUAAGUUUUCCCUGUGUGGCUUUGAAAGGUGUGACAGUGCAGGUGGGGGGAAGCAACAAUUCACUCGCUUAUAUUGAUGAGAAUGAAACGAGGCUGGGCUUCAGUUCCUGUGGUUGCAACCUUUUCAUGACGUCGAGACAGUUGUUUUGGUCCCCUCUGCCCAAUCGGAGGCUCCUCUCACACAUCUACCGGAGCCGAAAUGGAUCUAUUCAUGCAGCGGCUCUGUCCUCCCGUAAGGACCGUGACGCCCUUUGUCGGGGGCUCUGUGGUGCCUGGUCGCUGCUUUAAAAAGCAGCACUGACAUGGAAACCCCAUUACAGCUGCAGAACGAUUUCUUCCCAGAGCAGCAGCUCCAGCACUGUAAGUACCAGCACUACUGCGGACGCGAGGAUCGCCUCGGCAAGCAGCACGACCAAUGCUGCACCUGCAAUAAUUGCACCUGUGAUGCGAGAAAAAGCCUCGUCUUUCGCGGGACGUCGCCGGCCACUGUGGGAACUUUAAGGACACCUUCGGAAACGUCUUCGAGGCAAGGCUGCCAGUACAGCGUCUGCGAAUUCACACCUUCUAGUCAUGGUAGUUCAUCCAGACAUCAUCAUCAUCAUCCUCACCAUCAGCAGCAGCAGCAGCAUUGCCGCGAUAGGCAGCGGGGCAGCCUGGGCAGCAGCCACAAAGACAGUAACUCCUACAAUGAAAUAGCCAUGAGCAGCUGCAGAUACAACGGCGGCGUAAUGCGGCCGCUGAGCAACUUGAGCUCGUCCCGCAGAAACAUACACGAGUUUGAUUCCGAGUCCCAGCCUUUGCAGCCCAUCUCCGCCGCAGAUGCGUCGGACACUUUAGUAUCCAAGCCGGAGAAUAAUUCAAGCACCCUGAUGCCUUACGCAUCGGGAGACGGAGGGGGAGGCUGCAGCCACAGCGGGGCCAAAUCGGGUAAAAAGAAGAACCAGAACAUUGGGGAGAAGCUGGGGCACAGGAGGGCCUUGUUUGAGAAAAGGAAACGGCUCAGCGACUACGCUUUAAUCUUUGGGAUGUUUGGGAUCGUUGUUAUGGUUAUAGAGACUGAACUCUCAUGGGGAGCGUAUGGAAAGGAAUCCCUGUAUUCAUUAGCUCUAAAAUGCCUGAUAAGCCUUUCUACAAUCAUUCUCCUGGGGCUGAUUAUCAUCUACCAUGCAAGGGAGAUACAGCUAUUUAUGGUGGACAACGCAGCUGAUGACUGGAGGAUAGCCAUGACAUACGAGCGCAUCUUCUUCAUCUGCCUGGAGAUCCUGGUGUGCGCCAUACACCCCAUCCCAGGCAACUACACCUUCACCUGGACGGCACGCUUGGCCUACUCCUACGUGGCAUCCAAGACGGACGCAGAUGUGGACAUCAUCCUGUCCAUCCCCAUGUUCCUGCGGCUGUACCUCAUCGCUCGCGUCAUGCUGCUGCACAGCAAGCUCUUCACCGAUGCCUCGUCCCGCAGCAUCGGUGCACUCAACAAGAUUAACUUUAACACGCGAUUUGUGAUGAAGACUCUCAUGACCAUCUGUCCCGGCACUGUGCUGCUGGUCUUCACCAUCUCGCUAUGGAUAAUUGCUGCAUGGACAGUGAGAGCCUGCGAGAGGUACCAUGAUAACCAGGACAUAACCAGCAACUUUCUUGGAGCCAUGUGGUUGAUCUCAAUCACGUUUCUUACCAUUGGUUAUGGAGAUAUGGUCCCACAUACGUACUGUGGGAAAGGAGUCUGCCUCCUGACUGGCAUUAUGGGCGCUGGCUGCACUGCCUUGGUGGUGGCUGUGGUGGCGAAGAAACUGGAAUUAACCAAAGCUGAAAAACAUGUUCACAAUUUUAUGAUGGACACCCAGCUAACAAAAAGAGUGAAAAACACAGCUGCGAACGUUCUCAGGGAGACGUGGCUCAUCUACAAGAACACUAAACUGGUGAGGAAGAUGGACCACGCCAGAGUCAGGAAGCACCAGAGAAAAUUUCUCCAAGCCAUUCAUCAAGCUCGAAAAUUGAGAAGUGUUAAAAUGGAGCAACGCAAGCUGAAUGACCAAGCAAACUCACUAGUGGACCUUGCUAAGACUCAGAACAUCAUGUAUGACAUGGUAUCAGACCUGAAUGAGAGAGGGGAGGACAUGGAGAAAAGGAUUGCCCUGCUGGAGACGAAGCUGGAGACUCUACUGAGUAACUUGCAAGCUUUGCCCGGACUCAUCAGCCAGGUCAUCAGCCAGCAGCACAGGGACUUCCUGGAGGUGCAGCUCCAGCCUUAUGACAAACACAGCCCUGAGCGCUCACAGUCAGUGUCCCGACGGAGGUCGUCCUCCACGGCACCGCCCACCUCCUCGGAGAGCAGCUAGAGUCCAGGGGGAACGCCUCCACUGGAGACUUUUGCCAUCAUAUGGCCAAGUUGCAUUUAUCGUAAAGCCUUAUGGUUUCAAUAAGUAUUAUCCAAAUUCUGAUGACAGAAUCCAAGAUACUGGGGACAAUACAUUUUAAUGGAUAACUUCAUGCUGUUAUUUAUUUUUUAUUACCUCAAAAGAUGUUGUUAUCCUUGCUCUGGUGACAUAAAAAUAAUGGCGCUUCCCUCAGUAACAACUAAAAGGCCUAUCGAUGGGGCUAUGAUAAGAACUCUUCUCCAUCUCUAUGCACAGGUAGCCAGUUUUAGGUAGCAGGGUUACCAAGUGUGAAACUAUUGCACUAAAAUAGUGCUUCUCACAGACUUUGUGCUUCUGCUGGCUUGAUUCAGUCUCUGUGUUCCUCAAAGGAAACCGAGAAACCACUGAGAAAUCAGUCAGGGAGCAUGGCAGUGAUAUUGAGGAAAAGUACUACGGUUUACGGACUGGAGUGAACUGACAGCAGAAGCCAGAUGAAAAUCGCUCCUACACACUGUCACUCAGAGAUAACUUUAAAAGCUUGAAAUGAGGAAAACAGCAUAUAUCUUUUAGGUUAGAAACAGCAUCAACUAUAGUGGUUUUCCUUUGCAGAGUGCCCCUGUAGAAUGACUAUUUUUGGGGGGCCACGUUGCAAAUAAUUUAAUCCUCUAGUAAAAAUGAAUGCAUCAGAACCUGUACUUGCACUUACUUUUUAAUCAAUGCACUUCAAUGCUGACUAAGAUAUGAUAUAAAGAUACGUUGCUCAUUAAAAGAAGAACAUUUUAAAUGUUCGGGCAUGGGUUUAUUAUUGUCAAUUAUCGAGUUGUGGCUAGUGUUAAUGAUUCAAAUCAAAGCCCCCUUUCUGUUUCUCACAAAGAAGCAUCAUCUUAGACCUGCAGAGGUCUUUAGAAACUUACUGAGUGAUCAUAUAUUUACUAAUUAACCCCCUGUCUCGCUGUGUCUCACCUCCCGUCUUUUUUUUUUCCUUUUGCCUGUGCUAUUUAUGCUUGCUGCCAUCCCAGCUGGGCAACAACAAAUGCUGAACAACAAAACCGUAACCAUAUCUACCUUUUAAAAAGUAAAUGCCUAUUUUUAUAUACUUUAAUGAGGAGAAGCACACCUCUUAAAACUAAACAAACAACAACGUGGGAUCGAUUAAGAGGCAGAUUCAGCGUAACUAGCACACGGUAAGGAUAUCUUGGACUGGAGUUAAGAUACAUAAAACUGUCUGUGAGACUCUUUUCUGAACAUAAUUAACAAAUAGUGUGAUUUAAAAACUGUGGUAUUCUUCACACUCCAUCUAUCAUUUACAGCAUAUGCUUUGGAUGAUACUGGUUGGAUGAGCUGGAAGAGCAGGGCUGGUAAAUGUGAUUGGCAUUUAUUACACUUGGAAAUGUUACGGUCCACAAUUGAUUUAACAUAUAUUCUGAUUUCAUUCAUAUAUCCACUUUGGUCAUUAAUGCACUCUAGCUACAUAUGAACUGUGAAAUCUUCUGAUGUGUCCAACAUACCCUUUUAUGCAUUAUUACUCAGUAUACGACCAUAAUGGUUGUGUAUUUUUAAAACAGCCAUUCCAAGGUUCACAGAGCAUCGCAUGGGUCAGAGGAGAUCCAUCACAGGUUUUGUUCAACCAGCUCACUCAUUAAACAAUAAAUCAAUCAGACAGUUGACAAAACACAGAUGUUCAGUCCACAAACUUUAGCAGCAUAGAAACCAAUGACAGACUAUACUGUAUGCGACUUAAACGAUAAAGAAUUAAACAAUA